CGUUUCCCCCGCCAGACACCGUCCUCUGACUGUCCUCUCACUCACUCCCUGACUGUCAACCUCGGGUGUCAUUCCUUCACGCAAUUUAGCCGAGCUCGGUAACCCACUGUCCGUUAUUAUAAAGCGGUCAAAGAACAGUCCCUAUUCUAUUUUAUACCUGUCUGGAUUCUGUUGUGCUCUCCUGUGGGAUUUUACGCAUUUGUCUGUGGAACUUUGGAAGGAAAACGGAAGUAUGGCUGAGGCCGGGCGACCUGAGGACCAGUGUGACGAGGCGGUAGAGGAUGAGUUUGGGGAGAUAAUAAAAUGUCGAUCAGAUGAAAGAGAAGACGUUCAAAAGAAGACUUUCUCAAAAUGGAUAAACUCACAGUUUUCUAAGGCAGGGAAGCCCCCCAUCCAGGACCUCUUCACCGACCUGUGUGAUGGCCGUCGCCUGCUGGAGCUGCUGGAGGGACUGGCAGGUCACGAGCUGGUGAAGGAGAGAGGAUUUACGCGCGUCCACUCACUAAACAAUGUCAAUAGAGCGUUGCAGAUCCUACAGAAGAACAAUGUUGAACUGGUGAAUAUAGGAGGAGCCGACAUUGUUGAUGGGAAUCAUAAACUGAUUCUUGGACUCAUUUGGAGCAUAAUUCUCCACUGGCAGGUAAAGGAUGUGAUGAAGGAUGUGAUGGCAGGCCUACAGCAGACCAACAGUGAGAAGAUUCUGCUUAGCUGGGUGCGCCAGUCCACCAAGGACUAUCCCCACGUCAAUGUGGUCAACUUCUCCUCCAGCUGGUCCGACGGCCUGGCCUUCAACGCACUCAUCCACAGCCACAGGCCCGAGCUGUUUGAUUGGAGCAUUGUGGAGAAGCAGAAGAGUGCCAUGGAGAGAUUGGAUCACGCCUUCAGCAAGGCUGAGCAAACCCUGGGCAUAGACAGACUGCUGGACGCUGAGG